AUGUCUCAAUAUAAACACAACACACAUACACAAGCAUUAUCCAAGUCUUUCAAGCUAAUCAUUCCACUCAACCAAAAACAAAUGGAUUCAGAGAUCGCCUUUGACUGCUCUCCAAUGCUCAUUAUCUACAAAAGUGGUCGCAUCGAGCGUCUCACGGGCGAAACCACCGUACCAGCCUCUUCAAUCCCACAAAACGGCGUCAUUUCCAAGGACGUUAUUUACUCUCCCAACGAAAAUCUCUCCGUCCGCAUUUACCUCCCUGAAAAAGCCGUCAAGACCAGUGAGAAACUCCCUCUCCUCGUCUACUUCCACGGCGGAGGAUUCAUCAUCGAAACCGCUUUCUCACCAACUUACCACACGUUCCUCACGACGGCUGUCUCUGCUUCCCACUGCGUAGCGGUGUCAGUUGAUUACCGGCGUGCACCGGAGCAUCCCAUUCCGAUCUCUUUCGAUGACUCGUGGACGUCUCUCAAAUGGGUAUUCACCCACAUCGCCGGAUCAGGCUCCGAGAGUUGGUUAAACAAACACGCUGAUUUUACCAAAGUGUUCCUCGCCGGAGACAGCACCGGCGGGACGAUCACUCACCACAUGACGAUGAGAGCUGCCAAGGAGAAACUCAGUCCCGAGUUAAGGGACUCAGGAAUCUUGGGGAUCAUCUUGGUACAUCCUUUUUUCUGGUCAAAGACACCACUCGACGAUAAAGAGACGAGGGAUGUGACAAAGAGGUCCAAAGCUGAGGUGCUGUGGAAGAUAGCGAGUCCUAACAGCAAAGACGGAGUGGAUGAUCCGUGGAUCAACGUGGUUCAGUCAGAGUCUGUGGAUAUCUCCGGGUUGGGUUGCGAAAAGGUGUUGGUAAUGGUGGCGGAGUUAGAUAUAGCGGUGAGGCAAGGUUUGGGUUACGCGGCGAAGCUUGAGAGGAGUGGUUGGAAAGGAGAAAAGGUUGAGGUGAUUGAGACUCAAGGAGAAGGCCAUGAUUUUCAUUUGAGGAAUCCUGAUUCGGACAAAGCUCAUGAGCUCGUUAAGACAUUCGCACGUUUUCUUAAAGGAGAGAUGUAGUAAUGUAAGUAGUCGCUGUGUUGUCUGUUCAGAGAGGAUUUUCUCAUUUCUCUGUAAUGUUUGAAGACUGGAUAUGAAUAAAACAAAACAAACAGAGAAGACAAACAUUUG